UAUCCAGUUUUAGCUAUUUUUUUUAGGGGGAGUCAUACACAAAAGCCCUUAAAAUAGAGUGCAUGAGAGCUCAAUAAAUGUAAAACCCAACCUCUCAGUUUCUCUACUUUUCCUUUAAUUGGCCUCAUCUCUUUUUGCCUCUCUUUGCUCAUCUCUUUCUCCACAAGAGUCUUGAUUUUUAUAAAAAAAGACAAGCUUGGAGCUUUGUUUGAAUGAAGUUACUGUUUGAUCUUUGUUUGUUCUUUUGUCUUUAACCUCUUGGCCCAUUCUUUGUCUGUUUCUUUCAUCAACCACAUAAACAAAAAGGAAACCUCAUCUGUAAACAAGUGUUUAUUUAUCCAAAGAUAAAAAAGUUCUGAAGCUUGUGGACAUGGAAAAGAAACUGAUAAUGUUUCUGUUCCUUCUGCAACUUCUGUCCUUAAACACUCUGUCUCUGAAACAUUCUUCAGCUAAACCAAAUGCAAAGAUCACUGUAAUGGGUCUUGUUUACUGCGACAUCUGCUCCAACAACAGUUUCUCCAAACACAGCUACUUCAUUCCCGGUGUGGAAGUGAGAAUAAUCUGCAGAUUCAAUUCAGCUUCGUCGAGAACUAGAGAGAUGAUAACGUUCUCUGCAAAUCGAACCACAAAUGAGCUUGGACUCUACAAGCUAGACAUAACAUCUUUGGAAGGCGUUGCUUGCGCCGCAGCAGCAAAGAAAGAUUCUCUAAUGGCUUCUUGUCAGGCAAGCUUGAUUGGUAGCUCCAAAGAUUCUUGCAGCGUUCCUGGCUUUAAAACUACAACGGAUCAGGUUGUGUUUAAGUCCAAGAGGUCGAAUCUCUGUGUCUAUGGGUUUACAGCUUUAAAUUUUAGACCCUUACAGAAGAAUCUUCACUUGUGUGGCAAGUAACAGAGAACAAACUGCAAUAAUCUUAGUCUUUGUUUGUUUCUACUCUAACAGGAACAAGAUCACUCUGUUCUGUCUUCUUGUUUUAUGUAUCUUUAUCUUUAGACUUUGUUUAUUUUAUUUAUAUAUAA